GUGAUGUUAUAUCUGACACGAUGUCGUUGAAUUUAUGGGUCAAAAAGAACAAAGGUCGUGACACACAAUGACAGGAAAUAGAAAACUAUCAACUACUGAGUCUGUGUUAUUACUGGCUAGUGAAGAUGUUAGUGACUACCGUCGUGCUUACAGAAACCAAAAUGAAGAUCGUUUACUGAAUUCUGAUGCUGAAAAUAAUGAGACAAUUGAAGAAGAAGAAGCUGAUGAUCACGAUAUAUCUAUUCUCAAAAUUAAAAAUCUUUUCCAAAUUGAAGUAUCUUUGCUUUUGAAUGUUCUAUUGGCAGCAUUUGAUGGUACAAUUACUGCUUCAACUUAUACAAUCAUUGGUAGUGAGUUUAAUGCAGUCAAUCUAGGCUCCUGGAUAACAACUUCAUAUUUGAUUACAUCAACUUCUUUCCAACCUCUUUAUGGAUCAUUCUCUGAUAUCUUUGGGAGAAGAGUCUGCUAUUUCUUUGCAACCACCAUCUUUGCAUUAGGUUGUAUUGGCUGCUCGAUGUCUCAAAACAUAUUUCAACUAUUUUUUGCAAGAUCAAUAACAGGUAUUGGUGGUGGUGGGUUGGUUACUUUAGCUACAGUGAUCAAUUCUGAUAUAAUACCAUCUGCAAAGAGAGGUUUAUUUCAAGGCUUUCAAAAUAUUCUAGUGGGUAUUGGAAGUAUAUUGGGUGCUGCACUUGGUGGUUUCAUAUCCGAGCAAAUUGGCUGGAGAUAUUGCUUUUUAGUUCAAGUCCCAAUAAGUUUAACUGGGUUAUUGUUUGGGAUAUUCUAUAUCGAGAAUCAAACUGAAUUUGAUCAUGAAAAGGGUAUAAAGGAUAUAGACAUAGAAGGCUCCAUAUUAUUAGUUGUUGGGUUGACCUCUCAAUUAUUGGCAUUAAACACAUCUUCGGUAUCUUUGACAAUUCUUUCAUUUGUAAUUUUGAUUGUUUUUAUAAAAAUCGAAUUCAAUACGGUGAAAAUUCCAAUCAUCCCCUUCAAACAAAUCCAUGGAACUUCAAAUUAUUUAGUUUUAUUCAUUUCAAUUUUGACAGGUUUUGCAAACUUUGCCUAUAUUUUCAUUUUGCCUUUGCUUUUCCAAAUUGUUCUAGGUGAUUCCCCUUCAAAAGCUGGUCUCAGAUUGGGUAUUCCGUCCUUGUUUACCAGCGUUGGAUCGUUGCUCACAGCUUAUUUUAUGAAUAAAGAUGUCAGUAAUUUGGUGUACCUUGUUCAUUUUGGUGUCUUCUUAAUAGGUUUUGGUAAUUUAUUGGCACUUUUUAUAUCUCCAAGAAUCCCAGAUAAAAUGCUAAAUUUUUUGUUGAUUGCAGCUAACACUGGUCAAGGUAUGUCAAAUCCGGCCUUAUUAUUUACCUUUAUCUUAAACUUCACCAAAAGAUUACAAGCAAGCUCUACAUCAACAUUGUACCUUUUCAGAUCAAUUGGUAAUGUUUGGGGUGUUGCAACUAUUUCUAUAAUCAUUCAAUUUUUUUUGAAAAAUGAACUGGUUAGAAAUUUUGAAAAUUCAGACUUGAAUGAGGAUGAAAUCAAUAAAGUCAUUUUCAAAGUUUUGAGAUCAAUCAGCUACAUUCAAAAGUUACCAGAUUCAAUUAAAGAAACAGUAAGUACGUCUUAUGAAACGUCAAUAAGAAAGGCCCAAAUUGUUUCAACUUUAAUCUGUGUCUUUUGCUUUACACUAUGUGUAUUGCGAGAUUAUGUUUUGACUAAAAAGGAAACUGCCAAACUUACACCAUAG